AUGGCAGGGAAUGGGGAUGACGUGAUGGAAGUACUGCAAGACGCUUUUGGGGAUGAUGCAGAUGCAGAUGAGGUUCAAGGCCCAGUAGAAGGUUCGAAGGAGCCAGAUGCGACUGAAGGACUAGAGUCCUAUACCGGGGAAUUCCCCGAGAAAGUCACGGAAUAUCAAAGGCUUCAACACCUCAGACAGGGUCAUUACCCAUAUUGGGCCCACUGCCCCUCCUGUAUCAGAGGCAGAAGUUAUGUUCCGGCGCGUAGACGCAAAGAUCCCCCUGGGGAUGACGAAGUGCAAAUAGACCAAUUCUUUUAUAAAUCUAGCCGUCUAAUUUGCAUCGUACAUGUAAAGUCCUUUUGCGUCGGAUGCUCGACGACUUUCUCCGGUGAGGGCCGAGCGACAACAGUGAUUGGAUUGAUACGGUUCCUCAGGAGUUUUGGACUUGGCAAAGUCUCCAUAACUCACGACAACGAGCCUCUGGUCACGGCCAUCGCACAGGCCAUUGUGAAGAGCACGGGUGGCACAGAGACAGGCUCUAAGCCUAGUCGCCACGCUCCCAUCGCGGAGCGAGCGAUCCGUGUGAUCAAGGAAGGCGUUCUGACCUCAGAACUCCACGCUCACUCUACGAGCGGCCUUGUUCUUCACGAUAGUGAUGAGGCGAACGAGUUGCUGUGUCAGUACGCUGCCGCAGCUCACAACCGUUUCUCGAAGUCCACCGGAGACAUGUUGUCGCCCUUGCAGCGUGUGUUGGGACCCCAGCACAUUCCUCACUUGCUGUUUCCGUUUGCAUGCUUGGUUUAUGCCCAACCUCCGGACUCUUUGAAGAACAAGGUCGCGGGGAAAUUCGACCUUGCGGGGUACCUAGGACCCGUGAUCGGAGGACAAGGCCAUCACGUGAUGAUUCGGUUACGUGACGGCCACAUGCAAAGAUGCAUCGCCAGUGCGAUGAAACUCGCUUACCCAGUCACGUACUCCAGCAAUUUCUUGCCAACAAUUGCCAAGUUUAAUCCGGACGAAGCUGACUACGAGAGCCUUCCUGGUGUAGACUUGCCAAGGAGGGAUUCUGGUGCUCUAGAGCAACCGCCUGAGUCGUGGUGGUCAGAGAACCCCACCGACAAGUGCCCUGGGUGUAGGGGAAAGUCCCUCUACCACUCGAAGAGGUGCAAGCAGCGGUAUGCUCGUUAUCUCAAAGAUUCCGUGGGGGAAGGCGAAGACAAACCCCUUCAGGAUUCUGAGAUGCCUCAGCUUCCGGAUAAUCAGAAGAAGGACGCUCCGAUGCUUCCCGAGCCUAAGAAGGUUAGCUUCGGCGAGCCCGAAGUGAGGGAGUACUCUCCCGGAGAACUGUCCGAGUACGUUCCGGACUUUCCUGACGAAGAGUCGCAGCCUUUAGGCGCGCCACCGCUGGACGAAGGAUUUGACCCAGUUGACCUUGAGGCUCCACCAGAAAUUCUCCCACGCCUCUUGGACACCUGUCUUACUCUUACUGAGGAGAUGCUUGAGAAUCGGUUCUUCGAUCUUGCAGAAUGUCAGUUGUGUCCGUUGGUUGCAGUUGAUGAAGAGGAAGUGCUUGCGUUUGUCAGUCAGAUCAAGAGAAGAGCUCCUGCUAAGUACGAGGACCCCCAAUCAGGUCAAGUUAUCCAGAUUGCCGGUCGUCAGUUGUGGUUAGCUAAACCUACAUCUGUUGUAGAUGAUCUUACCAGUCUCCCGCUUAGUGCGGAGGCGACCUGGCAAGGGAUGCUCAAGGAGGUAGCUGCCCUGGACAGCUUGGAGGUCGGAAAGCCCUGCACUUAUGGCGAGGCCCGGAAGUACUGUGACGAAACCGGGGCUAAAAUCGUCAAAAGCAGGUUCGUGUUUACCGACAAAGCAGAUCUGGACGGUUCCAAGAUCGUCAGGGCACGCCUUGUAGCGAAGGACUUCGCGUUCCACCAACCUACGGCGUUGGACCUGGGGAUUGCUUCUCAGACAGCCAGUGUUGAAGCAUUUAAGGGGUUCCUUUGUCGAGUUGUUCAAGACACACUGGUCUUGUGGGGCCUGGACGCGUUUGGUUGGUCGGUCGAGGCGCGUCGUAAGCUGAAGCCAGCUACUGUGCCACCGGUAGCGUCGCCGAUUCCGCUGUUGACUGAUAGUUCGUCUGCUCGGCAGGACCGGGUUGAGGCUGGGCAGCUUGUGCUUGGGCAUACUCCCGGUACCGACAAUGUCUCUGACUUGCAGACGAAGAACCUGUCUGCGAAGCAAACUUGGCGUUUUGUAGAGUUCCUUGGCUUGGAAGAGAGAGACACUAAGGCUUCUUUUGUGAGCGUUGUUUUCUGUGUUGAGCAAGGUGCCCUACUCCACGCUACGUUAAAGAGUUUUCUUGCCGAGUCAGUUGCGUCGGUUGCUGAUCCAUGGGUUGUGUUUGUUGGGCAGUGUCAGUUGGAUACUAACCACAUGAUUCUCAUGGUCGAGCUUUGUACUUCUGAGAAUGCCUGGCUGAGUCGCCUCAGCGAUGCUUAUGGGAUCAUGGCUAUUCCUGUCACAGCGCGCGUUGACGGGAUGGAUCCGGAGACUUUGAGAUUGCUCGAGG